AUGAGCCUCCAAGUGAGCAAGUCGGUCAGCUGGAGGGACGUGGCCAAACAUGACAUCACCCAUGCAUUAAAAUGGAAAGAAACCUGUCAAAAGGAGGGCUACUGUGUUGGUUUCAAAGAGGAUGAAAUAAGAGCAGAAGCUGGACUCUGUGCUGUGAUACCUUGCUCUUUCACCUCUGUCUCUGAACCUGAAAAUAUAAUUUGGUUCAAAUGUGGACCAUCUCAGGACAAAUGUCAAGGUUCUGACCCCAUAUUUCACUCCGACAAACACAAGGAAAACAUUCGGUCUGGAUUUGAAGGUCGGGUGUCACUGCUGAACCCGGACAUGACUGAGAAGAACUGCAGCAUCAUGAUCAAUGAUCUCAAGAUAACUGAUUCUGGAUCGUAUCAGCUCCGAGUUGUGGGGAUAGAAACCACAGAUAAAUUUACAUUUAAGGAAAAAACAAAUCUCUCAGUAACAGAUCUGAACCAAAAGCCCUCUGUGAUGAUUCCUCCACUGACUGAGGGACAACAAGCCACUCUGACCUGCACUGCUCCUGGUCUCUGUUCUGGGUCUCCUCCUAAAAUCAGCUGGAUGUGGAGAGGAAAAGGAGAGGAAGACUCUUACAUCAUAGGAAACAUUACUGCUUUAAAAACGGAGAAUCUGAAUGCUUUCACAAAGAGACACCUCUCAACUCUGACCUUUAAUGCAUCAGCUGAUCACCACAAGACCUUUAUAACCUGUAAAGUCACCUUCACAGGGGGCAUAACUACAGAGGGAACUGUGAGUCUGAAUGUGACAUAUGUUAGAAAACCUCAAAUCUCUGGCAGGACAACAGUCAUGGAGGGAGAAGAUCUGAAUCUGACCUGCAGUGUUGACAGCGUCCCUCCAUCAGUUAUUAAAUGGACUAAAUCUGGAACAGAAAUCAAUUGGCAGGACAGUAAUUUAAGCAAAGCAGACAGUGGAGAAGUCUACCUGCAGGAACAAAGUGGACAUGUCUCUUUUUCCAUCAUGAAUGUAACAGCAAAAGAAGCUGGAUGUUACAUUUGUACAGCAACAUAUGAGAAUAAAAGCAUGACAGAAAAAGUCCAUGUUAAAGUGACUUACCUCAGAAAACCUCGGAUCUCUGGUAGAACAACAGUAAAGGAGGGAGACCAUCUGAAUCUGACCUGCAGUGCUGACAGCUUCCCUCUCGCUGUUAUCAAGUGGACUAAAGCAGAAGCAAAAAUUAACCAGCAUCCCAACUAUUCAUCUAGUGCUUCCAUCAGCACUGAAAACACCAUGAAGGGGAAAGAUGCCAAUGGUUCUUUGUCCAAAACUAAUGUGACAGCAGAAGAUGCAAGGCUUUACAUCUGUACUGCAAAACACCUGAUCAAUAAUCAAACUGAACAAAUCGAAGUAACAGUAACAUAUGAUUUCAAAAAUGCAACUGUGAAGGAAGAUCUUCUGAAUCUGAAUUGCAGUGUUGGCAGUUUUCAGCCACUAGUUGUCAGAUGGACUAAAUCUGGAACAGAAACCAAUCUAAAAAUAGAUACCUUAAGUAAAACAUUUUGCAUCUAUGUGCCAAAUGAACUGGCAAAUGUCACUUUUCCCAUCACGAAAGAAACAAUGGAUGAUGCAGAGCGCUACAAUUGUACAGCAACGUAUCAUAACAGUACCAUGGAAGAAAAGAAUCAUAUAGUGGCAAGAAAGCCUCAUAUCUCUGUCAGAACAACAGCUGAUGAGGAAGAGGCUCGGAAUCUGACCUGCAUUGUUGACAGUUUUUCCUCCUCAGUUAUCAACUUGACCAUAUUUGAAAGAAACAAGCAGCAGACUAAUAUUUCAAUGAAACUGCAGAACACCAGUGAGAAUCGCAAGCAAGAACAAAGUGGCACUUUGUUCAUCAAUAGCGUUACAGCAGCAGAUGCAGGCCUUUACAUCUGCACAGCAAAUAUCCCAAAUAUUACUCUAACAGAAGAAAUAAAUGUAACAGUUACAUACAGAAGGAGACCUCAGAUCAUUGGAAGCCAAACCAUAAAGGAAGGAGAUGCUCUGAAUCUGACCUGCAGUGUUGACAGUGUUCCUCCAUCAUUAAUCAUGUGGACUAAAAAUUCACUCAGCAUACAGCCAAGCAACACAACUAGUUCCACCAGCAACAAUGGAUCUGCUACUCUUGUUGUCCUCAACAUGACAGAAGAAGAUUCUGGACGAUACAGCUGUGCAGCAAAAUAUGAGAACAUCACCGAGACUAAAUAUGUUGACAUAAAAGUGACUUGGUCUCCAAAGGUGCUGAAUGACUCUGGAUGUGUGCUGCGGCCAGGCGGUUUGACCUGUGUGUGUCUUAGUGAGGGAUUUCCUCUCCCUACCAUUCGAUGGCCAUUACUGAAAGACCACACCGAGUACUCCAUCACCAGCAUUGUGUCAAACCACACUGUCAACAGCACUGUUACCAUAAUGGUUAAAAACCAUGGCAACAUCAGUGUUGAAUGCGUUAGCAGCAAUGAAAAUGGGGAAGCAAAAGAAAAGCUCACAGUCCUCUGGGCAAAAGAAGAAGUAAACAAGCAAACAACUAAUUCAGAAAAAAGUUCCAUGCUGGAAAUCAUCAUCGCCUUUUUUAUUGGGUUCAUUCUUGCAUCUAUCAUCUACUGUUUGUUGAUGAAAUUCUACAGAAUAAAACAGAAGAACUCUGAAAAUGCGGGUGAAUCUCUGGAGAUGAUUACGCCACUGAUGUUGAAUGGCCAACCUGUUCAAGAGACAGAAAAGAAAGAAGCUUUGGCAGGAACUCCUGAAGCUACCAAUGGUCCAAAGGAAUUGGUGUAUGCCAGCAUUGACUUUUCCCUUCUAAACCGGAUUCCUACAAAAUGGAUAAAGAGUUCAGAAAACAAAAACACGGAAUAUGCAGAAAUCAAGACAAACAAGAAAAAAGGGCAUCAAGUGGAGAUAAUAACUGAGGAGGAUAGCGAGAUGAAAAACUGUGUCCAAGAAGUGAAAGAAGAGGCUGAGGAACCAGAGUAUGCAGAAGUGGAAGAUUUAAUUAAGGAGAGUUGAAAAUUAAGACCAGAUGUCCAAGACAGAAUCACAGAAUAACCCCCUAAAGCUCAAGAAUACAAUAAAGAUGCCAUGAUUAUAAAAUACAGUGAUAGUCAUGGUUUCUAUCUCCUGAAACCAGAUGCACAAAUCAUAGUUCAGAACAUCUAUCUGUAAAGAUAUUGGUUUAGUGUUUAAAUGCAUAAAAGGCAGACCAAAUACUUGUUAACCAAUGAACAAGAAAAUCUCCCAAGUUUUCUGACUUCAAACAAGACAUCUAUGAUGUCUCAUAGAUCCAUGUUGAUGUUUUCAUAACCAUCAUGUCUUUAAAAUGUCACGUUUUAAUUAUAGACUUAUUUUUUAUGAAUGCUAUUCUUUUAGUGUAGAAUAUAAAAUCUACAUGUAAGACUUCAAUAUGAUGCAUUUACAACUCGCGCAUUGAGGCACUUGACAAAUGGGUCCAUUAUGCAGGAUGGCAGGAUGUCAACACGGUGCAAUGAAACUCAAUGGACUUCUUUUUUUAAAUUAUUGGGUGAGAUUAAUUGUAAAAUUGUUUAUUUCAUAUAUUCAUUUAUGUAUAAGUUAGUAUACGUGUGGUAUAUUUGUACAGCUCUUUUUAAUGCAUUUAUAAACUGCUACAUUUGAACUUAUAUUAAUGCUUGUUAUGGCAAAGUGAAUCAGGCAAAUACAUGCAUCAUUUACUGUAUUUUUACAAUCUGCACUAGAAAUAUUCAAUUUAUUGAAUGUGAAAUUGGACCUUUUACCCACCACCAUGAAAAUUCAAAGGCAGAAUAAAAAGAACAUAUAAGACUCUAUGACUUGGGGAACAUGUCCAGGAUGUAUUCAAAUAGUAUCUGAUGAAGCUUAAAGAACAACUUUUUACAUACAAUUAUAUUUAUAUUUAUUUUGGGAUACUCUCACUAUGUCAUUCACAAAAUCGUUCACCCUUUUGAUUUGUAGUCCUGUCAUUAAUCAGCUCCACUGUACUUGAUAUUUUCAUAUGAUCCUGCAGGCCAAAACUAUGACUAAAAAAAUAACAUAAAAGUAAUGACAUAGAUCAAAUGUGGCAUAUUUUGUUUAUAUAUUUUUAUUGUAUUCAUUUUUAGUAAAUGUAUAAUAAACAUACUUGUUGGUACCAAUAUA